UCAACGACAUGCUGGCCUGCAUCAUUCUGGCCAGCUGGCUGACCCUCUUAUGGAUUUACUUUCUAUGGAGUCGACGAUGCUACUACAAAGCAGCCUGGCAACUGCGCGGUCCAAUCGGUUGGCCACUCAUCGGCAUGGGUCUGCAAAUGAUGAAUCCGCAGAAAUUUCUGCAGUAUAUGGGCGGACUGUCGCAUAAGUACAAGGCGCCCUUCAUCUCAUGGAUGGGCACCAAGUGUUUCCUCUAUGUCAACGACCCACAAACUGUGGAGCAAAUCUUCAAUUCGACGCACUGCACCAACAAGGGCGAUUUCUAUCGCUUUAUGAGCUCAGCCAUUGGCGAUGGACUCUUUACCUCCAGCUCACCACGCUGGCAAAAGCAUCGUCGGCUCAUCAAUCCUGCAUUUGGCCGUCAGAUUCUGUGCAAUUUUUUGCCCAUUUUCAAUGCCGAGGCGGAGGUUCUGCUCGAUAAGCUGGACUUGGAGGGUGUGCAGCGUGGUAAAAGUCUCGAAAUCUAUCAAAUACUCAAGAAAAUUGUCCUGGAGGCAGCUUGUCAGACGACAAUGGGCAAAAAAAUGAAUUUUCAACACGAUGGUUCCAUGGCCAUCUUUGAGGCAUAUAAUGGAGUAACGGAGGUGUGUGUGAAGCGUAUGCUAUCUCCUUGGCUUUACCCGGAGCUCAUCUAUCGCUGGUCGCGACUUUUUGACCGACAGCAGAAGGUCGUCGGGGUUCUCUUUGGCUUCAUUGAGCAGCUGUUACAGCCAGCCGUUUCUGUGGUGGGCCAACUACAACAACACGAACAACUAAAUCAACAGCAACAACAACGCAUCAAGUCAAAGUCGAUAUUCAUCGAACAGGUGCGGGACCAUGUGGAACGAGGACUGCAAAUGAGCUGGCAGGAUGUACGAGAUGAGGCGAAUGUAAUUAUUGCGGCGACAUUCGAGACAACAUCGACGGCUUUGUACUUCACCAUCCUAUGUCUGGCCAUGCAUCCGGAAUAUCAGGAGAAGUUGCACGAGGAACUUGCCGCCGAGCUGCCCGAAUAUGGUGAUAUAAGCAUGGAGCAGCUGGAGAGGCUCAGAUACACCGAGAUGGUAAUUAACGAAUCGAUGCGUCUGUUUGCACCCGUGCCCAUGGUACUUCGUCAAGCUGGGCAGGAUUUGCAGCUGCGACGUGACGAUGGUGAAUUCCUGAUACCGAGUGGUACUCAAAUCGGCAUUGAUAUCUACAACAUGCAGCGGGAUGAGCGUGUUUGGGGUCCCUUGGCCAAAACCUACAAUCCGGAUGCACAUUUUGGAGCGGAUGCACCAGCACAUCAUGCCUUCGCCUUUGUGCCAUUCACCAAGGGAUUGCGCAUGUGCAUCGGUUAUCGUUACGCCCAGCUUCUGAUGAAAGUGCUGCUGGCCAAAAUCUUUCGCAGCUAUCGCAUCCGCACCGAUGCCCGGCUGGAACAGUUGCUGGUCAAGGGCAGCAUAUCGCUGAAGCUGCAGGAAUAUCCAGUGUGUCGCGUAGAGCGUAGAUAAUCAUCACUUCAUCAUCGCUUGACCUUAUCAUUUACUUAGUUACUUGAGUGGUUUAAAGAUUGUUUUUGCAAUCUUUCAAUUAAAAAUGCAAUUUUUGUUGCCAUUUUCUACGUUGUUAAUUGAAUUUGUUGAAACUUGCACAAUAAUAAUUCACUUUUACUAGGGGCUGUUGACGCAAAUUGCAAGCCGAGAAAUAACUUCAUGUCCCCCCUCAUCUUCCAUCUUUUCUGCCUGUUCUAUGUUUACUUUGCGUAUACGUAAUGCUAUUGAUUUAAUUGCAUUGAACGAGGCAAACUGGCCAAAGUGUUGUCUUGCAAAUGUUUGGCACAUUGAGAGUAAUCAGAAAAUUGGACAAAUAUUCCCAAGAAUUCCAUAUGCCAAAGGCUUAAGUGGGUGGUUGAGGUAUGAGGAGGUGGCAGACGAGGCACGUGCUACAAAAUAAUUUCCUACAGCAAACUGUUUGUAUCAAUAAGUCAGCAAUGCAUUCAAUCAAAUU